UGUCUCACCAGCCUGUCAGCUCCUCUGCCCGUCUCCCUGAACGUCUGCACAUCUCUGCCCUUAUUGGAAGUCGUCCUGUUGUAGCACUCUCUCUCUCUCUCUCUCUCUCUCUCUGUUACACACACAUUCUCUCUCUCUCUCUCUCUCUCUCUCUCAUUCUCUCUCUGUCUCUCUCUGUCUCUCUCUGUCUCUGAUUCUCUCUCUCCCCAGUUUGGAGUGCUGGGCCUUCUGCCACUCGUGGGGAGAAAUGUCACUCUCAUCCGGUGAGCGGCAGCCGUGCUGAAACCAGUCUCACUGCCACCCCCCAAGGCACGCGCGUGUUCUCUGUUUACCACAUGUCACUGGACUGAAUCUCCACCAGGGUAUUGACUAAAAGCCUCUCCUACUCACCCCCCUAAAAAGAGAAAGAGAAAGAAAGAAAAGAAGAGAGGGGAGGCCGGUAACCAAUGUUAUUUCAAAGAAAUCUCCCAAAAACAGGCAAGCGGGAGCUCAGGAAAGUCUGACGUUGAGCACUGGAUGGAUUGAGUGGCACCGGAUAACAAGAAUCCUGAACGAGGGGGAAAACGAGGGCAACCAUGAAGGAAAAGCCAAUGAUCAACACAGCGAAGAUGCAGGGCAACGUGAUGGAGUUGGUGGGGAGCAAUCCUCCUCAGCGGAACUGGAAAGGAAUCGCCAUCGCACUGCUAGUCAUUCUCAUUAUCUGCUCCUUGAUUGUCACAUCUGUUAUACUGCUGACUCCAGAUGAAGAUAACAGCCUGUCUCUCAAACCAAAGGUAUGUCUGGAAGACUUGGUCAGCAGAGAUUUUUCAAUCCACGACCCUGAAGCUAAAUGGAUAAAUGAUAAGACCAUAAUAUUUCGAACCAAACAAGGUAAUGUGGUGAAGCUGAAUGUGGAGCAGAAUGAGUCAACGCUUCUAAUAGAAAACAAGACAUUUGAGGCCUUGAAGGUCAGCAAAUAUGAAGUAUCUCCGGACAUGAAGUAUGUGCUGAUGGCGUAUGAUGUUGUGCCGGUCUACCGACGCUCUUUCACUGCACACUUUGUCCUGUGCAACCUCAUUACAGGGGAACAUCGUAUUUUAAAUCCACCAGAGGUUCGAAAUGCACAACUUCAGUAUGCAGGGUGGGGACCUAAAGGCCAACAGCUGAUUUUCAUUUUUGAAAACAAUAUCUACUAUCAAAUGAACGCCGAGAGUCGAGCUAUCCGCCUGGUCUCCACUGGAAAGGAAGGGGUCAUUUUCAAUGGUCUAAGUGACUGGUUAUAUGAAGAGGAAAUAUUAAAGACUCACAUCGCUCACUGGUGGUCUCCAGAUGGCGCACGGCUUGCGUAUUCAACAAUCAACGAUACCAAAGUGCCAACGAUGGAGAUUCCGUUAUACACUGGAUCCCUCUACCCUACGGUGAAGACAUACCAUUAUCCUAAGGCUGGUUCUGAAAACCCUGCAGUCGCCUUGCACGUCGUUAACUUGAACGGACCUCUUCACCACGUGGAAAUGACGCCGCCCGAUGAUCAAAGAAUGAGAGAAUACUACAUAACCAUGGUGAAAUGGGCAACAAGUACCAAAGUGGCGGUAAACUGGUUAAACAGGGAACAGAAUAUUUCCAUCUUGACCCUUUGUGAUGCCACAACGGGGAUCUGCACCAAGAAACAUGAGGAUGAAAGUGAGGCCUGGUUGCACCGGCAGAAUGAAGAGCCAGUCUUCUCAAGGGAUGGCAGAAAGUUCUUUUUCGUGAGAGCAAUUCCACAAGGAGGCCGUGGGAAGUUCCAUCACAUAGCAAUGUCUUCUUCUCAGGCAAACAACAGUAAUAAUAAUUUACAGUCUAUCACAUCGGGGGAUUGGGAUGUUACCAAGAUUUUGGCUUAUGAUGAAAGAAAUCAAAAAGUCUACUUUCUCAGCACAGAGGACUCACCAAGAAGGCGGCAUUUGUACAGCGCCAAUACCAACGGGAGUUUCAACCGACGAUGCAUUUCCUGCGAUUUGAUUGAGUUUUGUACUUACGUCAGCGCCUCCUUCAGCCACAACCUGGACUUUUUCCUACUUAAAUGUGAAGGUCCUCGGGUUCCUAUUGUGACCGUUUAUAACACCACUAACAGACAGAUUGUGAUUGAGCUGGAGAAUAAUUCCCAUGUUGAAUAUGCUAUGGGUGAUAAACAAAUCCCUAUAGUUGAAUAUAUGGACAUACAAAUUGAAGAUUAUAAAUUGCCAAUGCAGAUCAUCAAGCCUGCAACUUUUUCCAGCAAAGCUCAUUACCCUUUGCUGCUCGUUGUAGAUGGAAGCCCUGGUAGCCAGAGUGUGACCGAGAGGUUUGAAUUCAAUUGGAUAACAGUGCUGGUCAGCUCAUUUGGUGCCAUUGUGACCAAACUGGACGGACGAGGAAGUGGAUACCAGGGCACAAAGCUUUUACACGAAGUCAGAAGGAAGCUGGGAUUUCUAGAAGAAAAAGAUCAAGUGGAAGCUCUCAAUACAAUGCUUAAGAAAGAAUAUAUCGAUAAACAGCGAGUUGGUGUGUUCGGAAAGGACUAUGGAGGAUAUCUAAGCACUCUUUUGCUUACGUCUGGCGAGGAGAACCCUCUUUUCUCCUGUGGGGCUGCACUUUCACCAAUUACAGACUUCAGUUUAUAUGCCUCUGCCUUCUCUGAAAGAUAUCUGGGAUUAUACACUGCCGAUAACAGAGCAUAUGAGUUGGCCAAAUUAGCACGGCGAGCGGCCGCGCUGAAGAAAGGGAAAUUCUUGAUUGUCCACGCCACUGCAGAUGAGAAAGUUCACUUCCAGCACACGGCCGAGCUCAUCAAGCAUUUAGUCAAAGAGAACGCCAAUUAUUCCUUGCUGAUGUACCCUGACGAAAGUCAUUAUAUGAGGAGUGAAGCAGCGGAGAAACACUUACACAAAUCCAUGGUCAACUUCUUUGAGGAGUGCUUCAGAAUCCAAGAUAAACCCCCCAUUGUGGAGAUAGACGAGGAGGAGGAGGAAGAUUAACUUUUUUUGUUCGUGCCAAGCACAAACCACUUCUUACAUAACAAUAUGCAACUGAAUUGUUUUCCUUGGAAACAGGAAAUGUAAUGUUUAGCAUGUAUCUAACAGAACAGCACCCUCGACGGCUUACUUGACUGCACUUCUUCUUAGGUGAAAGAACAUAAAGCAUGUUGGACUCAGCAGUACCUGCUGUCUGAAUACAUGGCUUUUUGUUACCACUCAGAAAUCGCUGUUGAUCAAAAAUUCAAGUAAAAUAAAAAAAAAAUCCACAGCUAUACUUCAAGGAACGAGACUUUCCGAGGAACUUCUUCUAAAGGACUACUUCAAGGAUAUGGUGACCUGUUGACAUUCAAGAAAACAAGCAGUAGCAUCAGGACCCAUUCGUAUUGUUCAACCCCACCAGGUUCUAGAGUGGUCAAAUACAAUGAGUCAGAGACCGCUCUAGCACCAAAGAAUUAAACGUUGCAUUUGUGUCUGAUGAAACUACUACAUGGGGAGGAUUAAACAAAAAAAAAAAAAAAGAUUAUAGCACAAUUAUUUUCCGACUACUAAUUUACAGUGUGCUUGCUCUAUAUUUCUCUUCUUUAAAAAAAGCCCAUUGAUUCGGUAGGGGGAGCCACAUCAAUGUUCUUUAUAAUUUUUGAAGGCCAUCUGUGUACCAUGGAGGUUGGUCUAAGCAAAUACAUAAAAUGAUGUGUAUGCCUGUGCUCCAGAAUUAGGUCAGAACUUUCCUGGCACAAGAGCUUAGGGGGCAAACACUGGCCAACGUUAACAAAUACAGUGUAUUCAUCCUACUAAUACAAUGUGUACCAUUGUGUCAUUAUUUACUAUUUUUUGUAUAGUACGUCCAUUUCGGUACUAUAGUAUUUUAGUUUGUACAGUAUGGGCUUCACGUUCAUUUCUGCCUUUACUUUGUAGAUUCAUUUGAAAGCUGAACACAUCUGAUUUCCAUCUUGUAGGGUCUGCAUUUUGGUCAUUGUUUACAUGUUAUAAGUCCUAAAAUGUAUCUUUUCUUUAGAUGUGUUGCCUAGUAGGGUCUGAAUUCAACAACUUCAACUUCAAAAUCAAUCGUCUGUUCAUUUCUAUGUCAUGGGAAACAGUCUACGAAUGGAAAUGAUGUCUUAAGACGUAUAUUGAGGGGGGUCAAGUAAUUAAUUGUCAGUGUGUUAGAUAUUCAUUCAUUCAUUUGGAUACAUGGAAAUGUUUAGGAGAUGCUGGUGCUGUUCAUUUGCACUGUCUUUUCAGACCAUAAAAUGCUAUACCAUAGAAAAUAACACCGUUUUUUCUAAGUCAAGUCUUUCCUAUGGUGAUGGGGCUCUACCAACUUUGGAUGUGCUCAAGAAAAUCUGUCAGUCAUGGGGAGGGCUGUUCCAGUUUAUAGCCAAUGAGAGUGCAAGGAAUCCCAUGAGGUAUGUCAUGGUUACUACUUCCAAAUAGUGGUGUGACCAGGCUACAAAAUGGGUGGGUUAAGUGGUUCAGUGGUAACUUUUACUUACUGUCAACUAUUCAGCUUGAACACACUUAUCCACCCAGACACACAUACUACCUACACUAGCCAUAACCCUCAUGCAGAAGACAACACCCCUUUAGCAAACAGAAAGCAAGAACUUCUCUACUCAACAUGGUUAAAGGCUGGUGAGAAGAUACAGGAGAAGAAGAACUAGUAGGGACAAUUAGAAAAGGAUUUGAUGGGAAGUAUAUUUUUCUGGCUUGGCUAGGUUGGUUCCUAUUUCUACAAAGGUAACAUUUGGGCCGGUGCUUAGGUUUAGCUAACAAGCAAUGCCAUAGCUUUCAGCAUUUUUUUUUAAAUGGCCAAACAUGGACAAUCUGAGUGUGUAUGUAUCACUGAACAUGAAUUCUGGAAGCCAUGGAACAUGUACAGAAACAAAAUCCAGUGUGUCUUUCCAUUGUGUGUUUGUGCUAUUAUUUCUGUCUGGCAAUGGUUUGCCCAAUGUCUGUGUUUUGCUUGCGCCUGUUCAAUGUUAGGACUGGGACUAAGGAGCAAAUUACAUAUCUAACCCUGUUUCAUAGGGGUGAUACAAUAUAUUUUGGUAAAUUAUAUUAAACUGCAGGGCAGCAGGACAAGAGAACUCUAGCUCCAGUUACGGAUGGAGCAGGCUUCAAUUACUUAUUCCAGCUCUACAUGGAGCAAAACGAUACAAACCAUCAAAAAAGCAGUGUGCCGUGUUGCAUUAAGGUUCAGUCUCGAUUAGUGAUGGCAAAUUUGUCCCGUUUGCGCUUUGCCUACAAAUUGCGAAUUUCAAUUUUAGCACCCGUCUCAGUUUUGAUGCCCGUGUCAAUUCUGACACUUGUUUCAAUUUUGACGCCGGCUUUAAAGUCAAUGGGCGUCCAAAUAGAGUUGACAUGCAACGGUUUUGACGCGAGCAACUUUUCUGAUGCACGCCCA